AUGGCUUCUCUCGGCUACAGGGCGAGAAUUUCGAUUGCUGGUCAUGCCCUCAUCAAGCCAUCUCUGCUGCCCUUCCAUGUGCGACACAUGCACCACCACACGCCACGUUCAUCCGCCCCUUGCGAAUCAUUCUUCAAGAACACGUCUCGACGCUGGAUAUUCAAUGAGGAAAAACGACUGCAGGAAAGAUAUGUCGAAUUCAAUGUCCCAGAGCUGCUACGCGUCACGGCCACCGCGAUGCAUCAAAAUAGGCGCCCUGAUAUUGUCAAGUUUGCGGAAGGGGGCUUCAACAGAGCCUUUCUCGUCAGAACAGACGAAGGAAAGGAAGUCAUUGCACGCAUUCCCACCCUGAUAGCCGGUCCUCCUCACUACACAACUGCUAGCGAAGUCGCGACUAUGAACUUCCUUCGCAACGUUCUCGACCUUCCUGUUCCGAGGGUCCUAGCUUAUUCAUGCGACUCGGCAAAUACAGUCGGAGCAGAAUACAUCAUUAUGGAGAAAAUCAGCGGAGAAAGUCUGGCAUCAAGAUGGUUCUCGUUGUCAGCAAAAGAGGUUACCCACAUCAUGGCUCAACUGGCUCAAUUCGAGAAGAAGAUUUUCUCUUUUCCGUUUCCUGGAUAUGGCAGUUUAUAUCACAGUCGUGAUAUCCAAGGGGAGUCUCAGAUGCCACUGGGAACGGAUGACUACUGUAUCGGCCCAGUGGCAAAGCGACAGUUCUGGCAUGAUGAACGGGGCCAAAUGGAUCUGGACAGAGGCCCUUGGAAAUCACCCAUCGACUGCCUCAUGUCUGCAGCACGACGAGAGGCUGCAUAUCUGCGGACCCAUGCGCAACCACGACCGCGGCGAAGAUUUCUUCUGCCUACGGAGCACAGCAUCCCCCCCAGUGAGCAUCUGUCGCUACUGGCAAAAUUCGAGCAGCUUGCCUCUUUCUUAAUCCCCAAGGAUCCCAGCCUGAGCACCCCAACUCUCCGACACCCUGAUCUGAGCCUAGCAAACAUUCUACUCGUUCCUGGGUCGACCAAGAUUGCCAGCAUAAUCGACUGGCAGGAUGCCGCGAUCUUCCCAUUGUUCAUGCAGGCCGGAUAUCCUGCAUUCUGCGAACACGACAUGGCGCACCCGCAGAGUCUGGAAACCCCGACUCUCCCCGAGGACUUUGACAGCAUGACAGCCGAGGAACAGCUCCAAGCCCAAGCACAGCUACGCCAGGAAGAGGCCAAUUUGUACUACACCGCCGCCACAGGCAUACACCACGAUGCACACCUGCGAGCGCUUCGCAUCCCGCAUCUGGGCAUGCGACAACAUCUCAUCCAACAGACAGGAUAUCCAUGGGACGCGGAUUUGAUCAACCUCCGCGCUGCCCUGGUUGGGAUUACCAGCCCGGCUGUGUGGGAGGGAAUCUCAUCCGAGCCCUGCCCGGUGUCGUUUUCCGACGAGGAAAGGCAGAAGGCAAUGGAGGAGUCGACGGAAUGGAAUGAGUCCGAAGCUCUCUUGUCUCGGAUUCGGGAUCACCUGGGAAUUGAUCUGGAGGGGGGCACGGAGCCGGAGAACUUUGAGUGGGCCUUCAAUAGAAACGUCGAGUUUCGCUUAGAGAUGCUCCGGCAAGCUGGUGAACAGGAGCGGGAGACUUGUUGGCGUAACUGGCCGUUCAAGGAGGACGAGGACUGUUCACCUGCGCCUGAUAUUCCUGAAUGA